UGUGAUUGUACUCAUACUGCAGUACAAGGACUUCAUUGAGAAUGACAGACAGAAAGUGAAAACUGUGCUGAACCUCUUCAGUAAGCAAGCCAUUAAACACACUAUAGUGGUGACUACUGAUGAAGAGCCAUGCGGAUACAUAUUCACUUCUAAGAAUAACUCUAUUCAUGAUUUAAUAAAGGAGUGUGGAGGAAGACAUCUUCAGUUUGACACAACAAACCCAGGAUGGCGAUCAGAGUUGUUCAGAAAGACAGAGGAGAUACUCAAGAAAGAACGUGAAGACUUUCUCAUUGGUAACAUGUAUGAGGAUGGAGGUGAUGGAUCAUCAGUGGAUGAAGAUCUGAGCUCAGUCAGAGAUGACAACGAAGAGGAGGAUUCUGAUCUCAAAGAGUGCACAAAAACAGGACGUGAUGGAGGAGAAACACUGUUAAAGGCACCAAUGGAAAAACUGUGGAACUCAUUUCAUAUGUGGUUUCAGUCACAAGAUUCAAGAGAAAGAGAAGAUGAACUGAGGAUUGUGCUGCUGGGAAAAACUGGAGUUGGGAAGAGUUCAACUGGAAACACCAUUUUAGGAAGAAAAGUGUUUAUAUCAGACAUUUCUGAAAAAUCUGUUACUAAAGACUGUCAGAAAAAGACAGCUGAAAUCAACAGCAGACACAUUACUGUGAUUGACACUCCAGGACUGUUCGAUACUGAACUCAGUAAUGAGGUGAUCCAGAGAGAAAUCAGCAACUGCAUCUCUAUGAUCCUGCCUGGACCACAUGUGUUUAUCAUCGUGAUCAAUUUAGGACAACGAUUCACUCAAGAAGAGAAAACAUCAGUAAAGAUAAUCCAAGAGACGUUUGGUGAAAACUCUUUAAAGUAUACCAUGGUGCUCUUCACCAGAGGAGAUGAUCUGAAUGACAAAACCAUUGAACAGUAUCUAGGAAACCCUGGAUCUGCCCUUAAAAACCUGACUGAAGCAUGUGGAAACAGAUUCCAUGUAUUCAAUAAUAAAGAGACUGGAGACCGAACACAGGUGACUGAUCUACUGCAGAAGAUAGACAACAUGGUGAAAAAGAACGGAGGGAGUUACUACUCUUGUAAGAUGUUCAGAGAGAUGGAGAGAGAAAUACAAGAACAACAGAAGAACAUACUGAUGGAGAAAGUGGAGCAAGUAAUCAGAGAAAGAGAAGAAUUGAUGAACAAACAUAAAGAAGAGAAAAAGAAGAUGAAGAUGAAGAUGGAGGAAGAACGACAGAAUCAUGACAAAGAGGUUAAGAGAAGAGAAGAAGAAUUUCUUGAGCGAGAGGAACAAUAUAAAAGAGACAUUAAAGUAAGAGGGGAACAAGAGAGAAAGAUACGAGAAGUGAUGAAGAGGUUAAGAGAAGAGAAGAAGAAUUUAAAGAAACAGAAGAAACAAAAG